AUGAAACCAAAAGAGGGCGCUAUUUCAAUUUAUUACUACAACAUGGCGACUACGUUGAAAGAAGCUGUGUCGAUGUACCAGAAACUAAACAGGGAAUGGAGCAAGAAGCCUCCAAAUCUGAACAAGUGUGGUGAUAUUCUUGGACAGCUAAAGAUUGCCCUGUUGAAUCUCUCAUUCCUACCCAUAGCUGGCAGCAAACCAUCCAAACAAGAACUCAUCAUAGCACGCGACAUUCUGGAGAUUGGCGUACAAUGGAGCGUUUUAAAGGGAGAGAUCCAGUCAUUUGAACGCUACAUGGCACAACUAAAGCCCUACUACUUCGACUACAGGGAAGAGCUGCCGGAGUCGUCCUACAAGUUUCAGCUUCUAGGUUUGAAUCUACUCAGAUUACUCGCACAGAACAGACUCGCCGAGUUCCACACGGAAUUAGAACUGUUACCGGCCAAAGAAAUCCAGAACAAUAUUUACAUCAAGCACCCUGUGUCUAUGGAGCAGUACCUCAUGGAAGGCAGCUACAACAAGGUAUUUCUUGCCAGGGGUAACGUCCCCGCCGAGAGCUACAACUUCUUCAUCGACAUUCUCCUGCUGACAAUCAGAGACGAAAUCGCGGCCUGCGUGGACAAGGCCUACGAGAGAAUAGCCUUCAACGAGGCCGCCAGAAUGCUGUUCUUCACCAAGCCACAGGAGAUGAAGGCCUACGGCGAAAAGCGUGGUUGGGAGCUGGGCAAGGAUAACUACUUCGUAUUCCACACAGACAAGAAAGCAGAGGAGAGCAUACCGUCACACGAACUGGCCUUGCAGGCCAUCGAGUAUGCAAGAGAACUUGAAAUGAUCGUGUAGUACCUCCAGUGUGUUUUAAAUCCAGUGUACAUGUAUGUAGUCUAGACCUUAUGCGUUGCAGGUAGGGGCGUGUGGCCAAGUGGUUAGGGUGUGUGACUCAUGAUCAGCGGGUCAGGGGUUUGAAUCCUGCUGCUGGUCGUAUGUU